AAGUAACUAUUAGCACCUAAGGGCCCAAAUCUAAUGACAGAAUCUUAACUACAACCUUUUUUUCAUACCCCAGGACUUGUAAUAUGUGGAGCACGAGGAAACAAUUAUUCUGUAGAACAUUUCUAGUAUCUGACCUGUUUUAAGAGAGACAAAGAGAAAAGAAUGACAAAACUCAAAUACUAGCUAGCAGUGAAACUUGAGACUGUGAAUUCACCCACAGCCAUAAUAAUGAACGCACACGGAUGAAGAGAGUCACGAGCUCUGAAUGAAGGAAUGAAUGAAUGUGUUGCAAAUGACGGAGACGGAUGACUCUGCACGCUUUGUCAGAGAGUUUCUCAACAGGACAGGUUUAACGGUUUUCACAAAGUACCUGACUCAUUCGUCGUGUGAGAUAUUAGCCUCACUGAACUGAGAUUGAUGAUAAAAAUGGAUGUCUCAAAGAGGAUCAUCAGAAAUCUGGAACCAGCGAGACCACUGCGCCGUCUUAACACAAAUCAAGUCCUUCAAAGCUAUGCUGAGAUUAAGCCGGACAACAUUAUUAAAGUGGAGCAUUUCUAUGAAAUCCUGCAUCUUCAAAGUACCAGCGCCCAACCAAAGAAGAAAGCCGAAAGAAUUUGCUACACUCGGGACUUCCUCGUCAAGUUGGCAAGUUGUCCAAUGGCUAAGAUGAAACCUGAGUUUUUACCAGAACAUCCAAUCGUUUUGGAGAAUGGCAGAACCAAUGAUGUGCCCAGAUACUUCAUCACCAACUACAACAACGACGAGGACUUGGCUGCCUAAUGUGGGGAAUUUCUUACAAUCUUUUUUUAAUUGCCCUAAAACUGCACUGCAUGGGACCAAGUGGAAAGGGUCACAAGUUAAAUUGAUAACUUUAAGGUUAUAAAGGGUAACAUGUUUGUCUUAAGCUUUACAGCUAAAAAUGUUUUCAACAGUUUUGUAAAGACAAACAUCAAUAAAAAAAAUAAAAAAAAUCUAAAAACUUAGGUUAGAUAAAACUCACCCAACAUAGUUGUUGCAAUGCUUGUUCCUAACUAGUCCACAGUACAAAAGAGUUAAAUGAAACUAACAACACUGAUGCCUUGAUCCUUGUGAAAGAUUUCACACCCUAUUUUCUUAUGGUAAACUUGUUGUCCUUUCUUGGCCGUAUACUUUUGUUUUACAUUAUUAGACAUUUGUGAUGUCAAACUCAGGGUUUUGAUUCUUGCCUAAGGUAGGUUGUGUUACUAUGAUGGAUUCACGGUCUGUGGUGUUAAAAUUACAUUUUGGGGAUAUUUGGACUUGAAGUGUUUAAGAUUGAAGUGCACCUACAGACGAAUUUCUAGCAAUUUCAUAUACCUGAGUUACACUUCAUAGAAUCAAAUUGGGAAUGUUUUCACUUUGCUUAACUGUAUUAACACUGGACAAUACAGAGAGAAAUGUAAUUUGACAAUUAUUGCACCUGUGGAUGGGUAUUAAUAAGGUUUUGUUAAGCUAAAGUAAGCUAUUUUCACCUUUGCAAACAUUGCAAAAAUAGAUAUUUUUGUUUGCAUAAGUAUUUAUAUGUCUGAAAUGUAAUUAACUGCUGUGAAGUGGAUUGGAGCACUGAGUAAGUGUUUGUUACAGUACUGUAGUUUUUCAAGUAUUAUUUUAUUAAAGGUUACUAGAAUUUUUUUAUUUUUUAAAUAAUCGACAGCUCUGGAUCUUAUGCAAGGAUAUCUUUUUUUAUUUCCCCCCCGAUAUGCACAUCUGGGCAGAAGCAAUAUUUGCUUUUUGUGUCACAGUCACUGAUCUAUAUCAGUGGUCACAGUGUAAUUUGUUGACUCAUUGUCUCAACUUGAAAUUGCAUUUAUUCCACUGAAUACACUCAGUAAAAGAACAUUUAUUUUA